UCGAGGAAUCCUCGUUAAUUUUAUCACCGCGACCCGAAACUUUCGCGAAGGCGUCUCCAGCUCAAACCCAUACAAUUCACCGCGAAAUCCAGGUUUGCCUAUGGAAUAACGAGCAACGUCGCAAAUAACCGUUCAAUUGACGAUCCAAUCCAAAUUUCCUCGACGUGUUUCCAUCGAGCCGACCUCUUGAGCUUCAAUAUACAAUACACGAUAGUCACAGCAACGAUGGCAUCAAUAUCCCAAUCCCAGACCAACGGGAUACCCUCAUCCUCGGCAGCAGCAGGUACUUCGCAAUCUGCUUCGCAACCAACACAGAACACCGCGAGCAGCGGUUCGCCUACCGUACAAAACACACAAACAUCCAACGCCGCAUCCGCGGGAACAGGUCCAAACAGCAAUAAUAACGCACAAGCAGGCGCCACAGCAUCAUCACAACUACAAUCGCAAUCACAAUCACAACCCCAACCCCCCUCCUCCUCCUCCCCAUCCCCCUCCCACGCCCCCCGACCCCGCGACGCCCGCACCAUCGAGCUCCUCCUGACCUCGCAGGGCGUGACUUCCUUCGACCAGCGCGUCCCGCUACUCAUCCUGGACUUCGCCUACCGGCACACGUCGGCGGUGCUCUCGGACGCGCUGCACCUGUCCACGGACCCGUACACGACGCACGCGGGGUCCAAGCCCAGCGCCUCGUCGGGCGCGGCCCCGAGCGCGCCGAGCGCGGGCGAGGCCGUCGUCACCACCAACGCCAUCAACCUGGCCAUCGCGUCGCGGCAGUCGUUCCAGUUCCGCGGGGCCUCGGGCGCCAGCAAGGAGUGGAUGCAGGAGGUGGCGCGGGAGCGCAACAAGAUCGCCCUGCCGCGCGUCCUCGCCAACGAGUGGGGCGUGCGGCUGCCUAACGAGCGCUUCGUGCUCAGCGGCAUGGGGUGGACGCUUCGCGACCAGUGGACGACUGCCAUGGAGCAGGAUGACGACGAGGAUGGUGAUAGCGACGAGGACGAGGAGAUGGAGGAGGUGUUCGAUACCCAGAAGCGGAAUGCGGCGGGCAAUGGAGAGGAGGGUGAGGGUGGGGGUUUGGAGGAGCUGCUGGGUGAUGAUAUGGGUGAGAUGGGCGAUGAGGAUAUGGAGGGGAUGGAGUGAUGGGUUAAUUUAUAAAGAUUUGCUUGGCGGCAAGCAAGAACAUGCUGCGAUGCUAUGUCUCUCGAAUACGAUGGAAAAAACAGAGGUACCUAAGGGACGGAUGGCGUUAUGGAGUUGGGGCAAAAAAGUCCUGCUGCAACUGCAGAUGAGGGAUUCAAAUUCGUUGUGACGACACGUUAAUUUCCUAACACAUAUUCAUAAUUGUUAAGGAUCGCCAGACUAGCUUAAAUACGCCAGUAUACCGGAGACAUUACAUAAACCGUUAGAACUAUGGGUGGAUUCAAGUUGAGAAGAGCGUACGGGACGGUACAGAUAUAUAGGUAGUUAAGAAUUGGUCUAUUCUCCACGGGAUUCUAGGUACUAGCGGUGCGUCGAGGAUUGUCUAAAACAGUCAAGAUGCAGGGAAGCAAGACGGCUUUGU